AUGGAUUAUAUCUCGUCAUUCGAUAUUCGUCUCCAGAAGGACGUCUACUAUGCCGGAGAACAGCUACAGGGGACCGUGCUGCUCGAGAAUACGGAGAACGUCAAGAUUAGGGGUAUCCGUGUCCUCCUGCGCGGCAAGGUGCAUGCCAUCCUAAAAGUUGUCAAAUCCGGCGAGCGGCGUACGGUAAAGGACGACCAAUACGUGUUGGACGAGAAGACGCUCAUCUGGGGCAAAGAUAAAGCCGACGAUUCGGAAUCAAUCCCGAUUCUGCCGAGGGGCAUGCACCAGUUUCCGUUUCAUUUCUCGUUGCCCCAGACGACGUUGCCGUGUUCGUAUGAGAGUCGCUACGGGACGAUACGGUAUUACAUCAAGGUAAUCAUCGAUGUCCCCUACGCGAGCUCCCCUCAAGGCAUCAAAUAUUUUACAAUAAUUGGCCCUCAUAUCGACUGUAUGGAGGAGAAAUACUUGCAACCGCUGACCGGACAGGACCGGAAAGUGACGUGUUGUUGGUGCUGUCAGCGAGGAGCCCUGGCAUUGCGGAUAACGCUGGAUCGGACCGCUUACGUUUGCGGGGAGAAUAUACGAGUACGAGCACAGGUGGAGAACCGGCAGCGUUCCACGCAGGUGAUCAACGUGAAGUUAACACAGCACGUCGAAUACUUCAUCGAGAAGGGCGUCCUUGGUGAAAGCAAAUCCCAAGUCUGCACGGUUUUCGAGCACAAAUCCCCGGCCAUUGCUGCAAAUUCGACUGGUAAAUAUGAUUCGACGUUAGAACAUCCGAUUCGCCUCCCCGUCGUCCCGCCAACAUUGAUAGGCGUGUGCCGGCUGAUACAGAUUUAUUACAUUUUACGGGUCUGCUUGGAAGACGAAAAAGGCAACGAGACCCUGCAUCUCGAUUUUCCACUUACCGUCGCGACGGUUCCGUAUCGGAUUCCGAAUGCACCACCUCCUCCCAUUGACUAUGAUUUCUGCUCGAAUCACGUUGAGGGCGGGAAGUACGUGAGCCCGGAAUUCCGGUUGGGGCAGGUUUAUGAUGGAGAGAACGUCAUCGGGGAGGAUGAGGUUGUACUCUACCGUCCUGUUUACGCGCGAUUGUCAGACCGGAAGCCAGGGACCUCUCCGCGAUACAGCAGGGAAUUCCGGGGCUCGUGCGCAAAAAUCGCCGACAGUUGCCAAUCGAUAAUCACGGAAGUGAAUGGUGGCCAAAGGCGGGUCAGCAGCGUCCACUCACCAGCAGAGGAAAAACCGGAUGUGGAAAAAACCCUCGUGCAGCGCGUCGACUCGCUCGACAUCGAAGCCAUCCAGCCGUUAAUUCACAAGAAACCGGCC